CCUUCACUUUCUACAUCUUUUGCCAUUUUUUCCCACACUGCUCUCACGAGCUCUCUUUAACAAGGGUGUUAACAUUCACACAAAAAAUAUACAUCAAAUUAUUAAAAAAAUGGCAACCGGCGCUGCCGGAGACGGAUUAUUCCGGGGAGUCUUCGACGGAUGUAUCUCCGGCCACGAUACAGGGAUCCAAAGCAGGCCUUACCACCGUAACUGUGGCUGUGCACUUCAUAAAUCCCGUGGAAAUUGCUCUCAUUCUUCUCCUUAUAUGAACGUAUCUUACCCGAUUCGACGGUCGUGGAGCGAAAGCUGCCUCGCGUUGGCCGCUGCUUCUUCCGCCGCUUCCUCCGGCCAUUCCUCGCCGUGUUCUUCUCCUGCAGUUGCCACCGUGGACGGCGGUAAGAAGAAUUUGGUCGGUUCUACUACUGAAGAUCAUGACGAUGUCGUUUUGUUUAAGGUUAUGAAUUCGAACAGGAAAAUCAGUCACUAAUGCUUGCAUUAGGUAGACGAUCUUCAUCACGUCCCUUGGAAUGCGGCCCGUUCCACGAACCUAUGUGAAUAUAGAAUACUUUAUGCAGUGACUGGCCUGCUUUUUUUAAUUGCUAGAGGAAGAAUCUGGAAAUAAGUAUAAAAAAUAGUUAUUCACUUCAACUCCAAGUAUUUGUCUUUUGGUUAAUUGAAUGUUUUCAAAACGUUUGACGUUUUAUAAAAAUAAGAAUA